UGGAAGAGAUUUUUGAAAAGAUAUCGAUAAAUAAAAAUUAGAUAUCCAGUUGCCACGUACAUAUCUAGUGACACAACAGUAUCUCAAGAGAAAAAUGAAGAGAACGUUAUUUGUUAUCGAGCAAGUAUAUAUAAGCCGACGUAACUGACGUGACUAACUCAGUUAUAAUUGGGAAUGGUUGGGAAUGGUGUAACAAACAAAAUACAGCCGUUGGAACGAAGCACGAUGCGUUCUUCGGUGAUACUACUGCUAUUCGCCGCGUUCGGUGCAUUAACUUGCGCAAGCAAACCCGAGGAUGCAUACGCAGGCAUUGCAAUGCCCAUCAAGAACGGCGUUCUUGAAUUGAACGUAAUUAAUAACGUCAUAGUUCUCAACCUUAUAAAAAGGGAUGGCGAGAAAAUGGUUAAUACUCUUCACACGAAGAUUCCAGGACACCAGGAUACGCUGAAUCUUAAGAUACAGCAAAAUUGCGGCAGUCGUGACAGAGUUUGCAUAAACAGCGGCGACGCCUAUCAAGUUAUCAUAUCUGUUUCUAAGGACGGUGAAAUCGUCAACGUAAAGCGUGUGGUUGCCAAUCCGCUCGCCGAACUCAUCGACUGCUAUCAGUUCACCGAGGGCACACAAUGGUUCGGUGGGCCAGAAUUUCGGUAUCAGCACUGGCCGGUGCAACACAUGUACUACGAGGAAGAACCCUAUCUGCCGACGCAUCCGGAAAACAUGGCACUGGCUGAGCGUUACUGGCUAUCCAGCAAAGGUGUCUAUCUCUACGUAAACGAGACGAACCCGCUAUUCCUCGACCAGAAUAACUAUAAAGACAAGAACUUGUGCCUGAUCGCCAAGAACAAGGCGCCCUAUCCACACCGUGCCUCCAUUGAGCUUGAUUACGAGCUUGGCAUCUUUGCGGAUCCCAAGGCCGCUCAUCUACAUGUAGUGCGCACUCAUUUAGGCAAGCCGACAGGUCAUCCCAAUGAACGGAUGAUCCGCCAUCCUAUAUGGUCCACUUGGGCCAGAUAUAAAGCCAACGUCACUGAGGAAGUGGUGGAGUCGUAUGCGGACGAGAUCAUCGCCAACAAGUUCAACAACAGUCAGGUCGAGAUCGACGACAACUGGGAGACCUGCUACGGCUCCGCCGAGUUCAAUCCCGUCAAAUUUCCCAAUGUCACCGCGCUUACGCAACGGCUGAAGGAUAAGGGCUUCCGCGUCACUCUGUGGAUACAUCCGUUCAUUAAUCGAGGCUGCGAACCCGCCUAUUCCACGGCGCUUAACAACUCGUACUUCGUGAAAAGCAUUGAUGGACGCGUCCAGAUGUCAUGGUGGCAAGGCGCAGACUCAGCCACGAUUGACUUCACGAAUCCAGAAGCGACAAAGUGGUGGACAGACCGAUUGAAGCGAAUCGAGCAACUCGGCAUUGACAGCUUCAAGUUUGACGCAGGCGAAGUCUCCUGGUUACCACAAGUGCCGACGUUGAGCGGCUCGCUUGCCGAGCAGCCGGGAAUAUUCACGCACGACUAUGUCCGGACGCUUGCGGCUAAUUUCGACAACAAUAUCGAGGUGCGGGUGGGAUGGCUCAGCCAGGAUUUACCGAUAUUCGUCCGUAUGAUUGAUAAGGACACCAGGUGGACGUGGAACAACGGUCUGCCCACGCUGAUCACAACGCUGCUGCAGAUGAAUCUAAACGGAUAUGUCCACGUGUUGCCGGACAUGAUUGGUGGCAAUGGUUACCUAGAUGGCUCGCUCAACGGUACGGAAUAUCCGUCUAAGCAGCUGUUCAUCAGAUGGCUGCAGGCUAACGUCUUCAUGCCGUCAUUGCAAUACUCCUUCACGCCGUGGGAUUACGACAGUGAAACCAUCGCUAUUUGCAGAAAGUAUACUGAUUUGCACGCUAAUCAAACAUCAGCAAUUCUAAGCGCGAUGCAGCAGGCAAUCACUGAGGGCACACCUGUAAAUCCACCUAUUUGGUGGGUCGAUCCAACCAAUAGAGAAGCUCAUAAAAUUAAUGACGAAUAUCUUCUUGGAGAUUCUAUACUGGUAGCUCCAGUGAUCGAAGAGGAUGCCAUCACUCGCGAUAUCUAUCUACCUGCGGGAAGGUGGCGUGACAUGAAUCGACAGACAGUCCACGUCGGACCGAAAUGGCUAACAAACUAUCCUGCUCCUUUAGACGUACUUCCAUAUUUCGUGAAAGAAAAAAAUUGGCUCCAUGGUUAAAGAUUUACUAACAAAAUAUUUAUUUGUACAACUGUAUAAAAAUUGUCUUGUAUAAUUAUUUCAUAAGAAGUUUCAUUCCGAAUUCAUGUAUCUGCUUUUUUCCGGAGCUUCUAAUUGUUUCUGUUGUAAAAUUUUUAAAAUAUUGGAAUAAAUUUGCUACCUACUUACCAAUAAG